AUGAACCCAUCGGCAGAGAGCCGUCCGCCCCUCCUCAGUUGCGGCAUCGAGAUGGAGUUCUUGGUACAGUACAUGAUUGAAGGUGGCCAGGACCAUAGCUCCGAAGAUCUCCCACCGGUCACCAUGGUCCCCGGCUAUAUAAAAGACCGGGCCUCCACAAUGGGUGAGUACAUGGGCAACAAUUUCAUCGCCAACCACAUCCGAGCCAUGAUCCGCCAAACGCUGCGGGAUGCAGGGGUUGCCGUAGAGAAGGGUUUGAAUCCACCGGUAGACGACAAGUACGCCGGGUUUGAGAACCUGCCCGUGAGGAGGGCUCUGCGCUUCAAGGACUGGGUCAUCAAGUCCGACUCGACGGUCACGAAGCCCUCGGAGGGCGCGUACCACUACGCCGGCAUGGAGCUGACGACGCCGAGCCUGGACGGCACCGACGCCAACCUCGCCAUGGUGCAGUCCGUCAUCAACCUGCUGAACGCGAACUACAGGAUCACCGUCAACGCGUCGUGCGGGCUGCACGUCCACGUCGGCAACGGCGUGCGGGGCUUCGAUCUGCGGAACAUGCGGCGCAUGACCGGCUUCUUCUAUGCGGCCGACCGCACGCUGGCGAUGCUGCACCCGCCCCUCCGCCGCUUCAGCCGCUGGGUGCUGAGCAUACGGGACAGGAGCGAGCUCGCGUGCGGCAUGACGGCCGCCCAGCGCGCAAAACCCCCGGACUACUGCGUUCCCCACUGCCACGACUUUAUCGCCGUUGAUGUUCGCCACGGGGAGCAGCCCGUGAUAUGGCGGCAGAUGAACAACGUCAAGGCCGUCACCGAGGCGUUCGCCAAGACACGCAAGCCUGGACGCUACGAGCCGUUCCAGAUGCUCCGAACAGAGCUGCCGGCCCCUUACAGAUACAAUGUCGCUAACGAAUCGCAGGAAGCACGUGCUUUGGACGGGCAUGGUGCGGACGUACACCGCAGGGCCGCAAUGGCGGACACUAUUUCCGACGAAGGUAAGUACAACUCCUCCCGGCCACGUAGUCUGCCUCGCAUCGCCGUCCGAACUUUCACACCCGAGGACGAUGAGAAGUUCCUCGAAGCCGAAACCAAGAAGCUAGGCUACGAGCCCGCACCGCUGGCCGACAUGGCCGAGGUGGACCUGGGCACCUACCACGGGCUCGCCGAGAUCUUCUCCGCGGUCAGCACGUGCGCGAUCCAGCAGCUGCUCAUCGCCAGCCUUCGGCCCAACUAUAACAUCGAGCCGUACGCGUGCGAGAUGCUGGAGUUUGGCGAGGACCAGGCCCCGACCCUCGAGUUCCGCGAGGCCACGGGCUCCAUGGACGCCCGCUGGGUCGUCGCCUGGGCCAAGAUCUGCUGCGGCUUGGCGACCUGGGCCACCCACGCCAGCGCCAGCGAGUACCUGAGGGUGAUCGCGCACUGCGACCGUGGUCAGAGGGGGGAGAUUGAGUACGAUGUUGUCGAUCUGCUGGACGAGGUAGGUCUGAUUGCGGAGAGCCAGGUGGCCGAGGAGAGACUGAGAGACAACGUGGAGUCCUGGGGACUUCGGUUUUUGAAAGAGUAA